AUGAUUCAGUCAGAUCAAAGCCAGGAGGAAGAAAAAUCCCAAAGUUUACCCAAAAACUUGGCCGAGACUCACUGCGCCGUUGCGAACUUGAGGGCCGUCAUGUUCAACCAUUGCCUGGAGCCGCGGCUCUCUCCCGCCGGCCCGGAAGCGUCCUUGUCGUCGGACUCGUCCUCUGGCCCCUUCUUACCUGCGCUCCAAGUCCUUGCCGUUGCUCGCAAAGCAAUGCGGGAUGCUCUCCUGAGCGAAGCGUUGGCUGAGCAACUUGACCGCGCAGCUGUCGGUCUGCAUCCCGGCGUCACCGUGGACCUGAGCCGCAGUGCCAUCCGCGAGCUGCCGGAAGAGUGUGUGGACGUCCUCAAAGACAAGCUAGAAAGGUUGGCCUUGUCACACAACCAGCUUACAUCUCUGCCGGUGCGCUUCUCGGAAUGUACCUCACUCCGGUAUCUGAGUAUGAGAGCAAACCAGAUCAGGGAGUUCCCCUUGUCCCUCUGCCACUUGACGCGCCUUGAGAUUCUUGACCUUGGCCAGAACCAGCUGCGCGUGCUGCCUCGCGAAGUUGCCAAGUUGUCGUCACUGCAGGUCCUAUCCGUCUCCAGGAACCAGAUCCGGGAGUUGCCAUUGUCCCUGGCCGACAUGGCUUCCUUGCGGGUGCUCAAAAUCAAGGGCAACCCACUAGUCUUUCCAUCAAAGGAGCUCGUAUAUGCCCGUGCUGCCACCUCGCCCGAGCCAGGUUGCCGCCCCCCCGCCAGUUACGCAACAGAAGUUGCUGUGACGGCGCGCAUAAAGACAAUUCUACAACAUGAGGCCAUGAGCAACCGCGCGGAGCCAGACGUCACCAACCACCUCAUCACCGCUGGUGACGAGACUCGCCACCCAAGCCGGAAACGAGUGACAAGUGGUCGGUUUCCAGUAAAAGUUUCGGGGUCGGGAACUUCCGGCGUCCGGUGCCAUGGCAUGGGAUCGAGCUUCCCCCCGCUGCCCUUCAAGUUGCAAUGCCGCGCCCAGUCACAGCCCUGUAAAGGCGUCGGGAGGACGAGGACAAACGUCAUGGUUGAACAAGGCGUCGGGAGAAAAACGAGUGGUUGGAACCCAUGCGCAGACCUCGCACCAAGAGCCGCGUACGACGUGAGUCGACCAGACGAAGCGCGAGCAUGUCAACAUCACGGCGGGCCUACGACGCGCAGAGCCGGAACCGAGCUCAGGAGCCGCAGUACUACGUCGGCCGACCCGGCUCUCCAGCGACGCGCCUACGUCCAACGCCUGUCUGUGACGCCCAAGCGACGCCGGGUGCUCAGUCCCGUCAUCGCAGUCGUCAAGGGGAUGCUGUACGCCAUUCUCCAAGCUCAACCCGUGAUGCAGCAGGUGGUGUCCUUGAUUUGCGAUGAAUUGGAGAGACGGCCCAGUCUCCAGAUUGCCAUCCACGGUACCAGCUGCCACAUCGAGGUGCUGGACCUGGAGAUACAGGAGCACGGCGCGGCGGCAGCCGCAGCCUUGGAAAGCGAGCGUUGUUCGCCCCAGGCCUCCAUCGUCUGCAGAGCUUGCCAGGGGCUCACGGGAGCGUACCAUUCCAAGUGCACCUUGCCCGUGGAUGGCGCGGACGCGCCGGCCGACAAGGGGAGCGCACGGCACAUUCGAACGCUGUUGAUGCUGAUCUACAACUGCGUCAUGGAGCUCCUCUCGGCCCUUCAAUCCAUGGCGACGGAGUGGCCGGCAGACCCUGGCUGCGAAAACAGCACCGCCUGCCUGCAUCUACGGGAUGGCUCGCGUGCCGACGACGCGGACGCGGACGCGGACGAGCCUGCUGCGUCGCGACACCCAUGCGAAGCGACGAUGCGCAAGUGUCACCGCGACUUGACAGCGAGUGCACCGUCCGACCGUGAGCCGCCCCGUCUUGGACCUGGAGCACUGCCGGGACGGUUCAACAUCGACGUGUCAGAGUGCGACUCGGACGGGCUGCUUGAGAAAACCGUCGUGUGCCUGCAGGCCUCGGCCAGUCUCACGUUGCGCAUACUGCCGACCUUGAGCGGCCAGUUGUCGCAUGGUCCUCGAGACGCAGACGCCGGGUGCAGACGCGCACCGACAUGUCGUCACGUUCGGCAGCAUUGGAAGUGUCUCGGCAGGGAGUGCGCCAACGCCGUCCAACGCACACAGGCCAUGAAGCGGGAAAUCUGUCGGGUCGAGCGGGAGGGGGGCCGGGCCCAGCCCGGAGCGGACGUUUGGGACUUGAUGAUCAGUUCCAUGGCGGCCUGGACGGCGCUGGCAGCGGAGAUGGUGGCAUGCGUUCACAAGAUGCUCUUCCUGCCGCCGGGUACGAGGGCGCGCCCGAAGCCAGUCCAGGAAGAAAGCAGGAAGAAGACGAGCCUUGCCGUGGUCGGGUCACCGCGGCGCGACGUGGUUGCGAAUGCGACAGGCGGUUCAGACUCAUCGACUGCCUUGCCGGCCCUCUCGUCGAGGCCUCGGACCGCGUCUGCAGGGCCGCGGGCACGGCUCGCAGAGACUGACGCCGGGGAAGCGUCUUUUUUGGCCGUGGCCUUUGCCCGGAAGGGGGUUGACCGCGUGGAGAUGCUGCCUGCCUGCGAGGCGAUGCCGUGUUAG